AUGAAGAUAACCACAGUGCCAAUGCUUCUGACCCUGGCUGUUUGUCUCAUACAAGAUGCUGCCAGUGAAGAUGUAAAUCAGGAAACAUGCAGUGAAUUUCGAGCAUUGAUGAAAAAUGGAAAACUGUUCUGUUCCCAAGAUAAAAAACUUUCUCAAAGUCCUGAUGGAAUAAUGUUUGUCAACAAAUGUGCUAUGUGCAAAAUGAUAUUGGAAAAAGAAGCAAAAUCCCAGAAAAGGUCCAGGCUUUUAACAAGAGCCUCCAGGGCUACUGCCCCAGGAAAGUUGAAUUGUGAUGAUUUCAAGCAAGGAGAAAGGGCUGGGGAUUUUAUCUGUACCCUUGGUGGUACAGCUGUCUGCGGCACAGAUGGGAAAACAUACAGUAACAGAUGUGCGCUGUGUGCUAUGAAUGCUGAAACCAGAGCUCAAGUUGGUAUAAAAAGUGAAGGAGAAUGUGAGAACAGUAAGCCAGAACAGGAUAUAUGUAGUGAUUUUCGGCCUUAUGUGAGGGAUGGAAGACUUGGAUGCACAAGGGAAAAUGACCCAGUUCUUGGUCCUGAUGGAAGGACACACGGCAAUAAGUGUGCGAUGUGUGCUGAGCUUUUCUUAAAAGAAGCUGAAGAAAAUGCCAAGCGAGAAAAUGAAACUAGAAUUCGACGUAGUGCUGAAAAGGAUCUUUGCAAGGAAUUUGAAAACCAAGUGAAGAAUGGAAGACUUUUCUGUACACGGGAAAGUGACCCUGUCCGUGGCCCUGAUGGCAGGAUACAUGGCAACAAAUGUGCCCUGUGUGCUGAAAUUUUCAUACGGCAAUUUUCAGAAGAAAAAAAUAAAGCAGAUGAAAACUUGAGAAAGCCUGAUGAAAAAGUUAAAAGAGAUACUGAGAAACUGUGCAGUGAGUAUCGGGAUCGUGCCCAGAAUGGAGUACUCUUCUGUACCAGAGAAAAUGACCCUAUUCGUGGGCCAGAUGGGAAAAUGCACGGCAACCUGUGUUCCAUGUGCCAAGCCUUCUACCAAGCAGAAGCAGAAGAAAGGAAAAAGGCUGAAGCAAGAGCAAGAAGUAAAAGAGAAUCUGGAAAAGCACCCUCAUAUGCAGAGGUGUGCAGUGAAUACCGCCAGUUUGUGAGAAAUGGGAAACUCCCGUGCACCAGAGAGAACGAUCCUGUCCAGGGCCCAGAUGGAAAGAUGCAUGGCAACACCUGCUCCAUGUGUGAGGCCUUCUUCCAAGCAGAAGAAAAAGAAAAGAAAAAGAAGGAAGCUGAAUCAAGAAAUAAACGACAAACUGAGACUACACCUUCCUUUGAGGAGCUGUGCAGCGAAUACCGCAAAUCCAGGAAGAAUGGACAGCUUCUCUGUACUCGAGAGAACGACCCCAUCCAGGGCCCAGAUGGGAAGAUGCAUGGCAACACCUGUUCCAUGUGCGAGGCCUUCUUUCGGCAAGAAGACAGAGCAAGAGCAAAGGCUAAAAGAGAAGAUACUAAGGAACUCUGCAGUGAGUUUCGGAACCAGGUGAGGAACGGAAUGCUUAUAUGCACCAGGGAGAAUGACCCUGUCCGUGGCCCGGAUGGCAAAAUGCAUGGAAACAAGUGUGCCAUGUGUGCAAGCCUGUUCAGACUUGAAGAAGAGAAGAAAAACGUUGGCAAGGAAGAAAAGGAGAAAGCUGAGACUGAGAAAGUUAAGAGAGAAGCAGUAGAGGAGCUGUGCAGUGAAUAUCGUAACUACAUGAGGAAUGGACAACUUCCGUGCACCAGAGAGAACGACCCCAUUGAGGGCCCUGAUGGGAAAAUCCACGGCAACACUUGCUCCAUGUGUGAGGCCUUCUUCCGGCAAGAAGCAAAAGAAAAAGCGGCAGCUAAAUCCAGAAAAGCUAAGAGAGAAGCUGAAAAGGAUGCAUGCAGUGAAUUUCGGAGCCUUCUUCAAAAUGGAAAUCUUUUCUGCACUCGAGAAAAUGACCCUGUGCGUGGCCCAGACGGCAAGACCCACGGCAACAAGUGUGCCAUGUGCAAAGCAGUCUUCCAGAAAGAAGAUGAAGAAAGAAAGAGAAAAGAAGAGGAAGAUCAGCGGAAUGCUGCGGGCCACGGCUCCAGUGGUGGUGGACGAGGGAAAGCUAAGGACCAAUGUGCUGAGUAUCGGGAAAAAAUGAAAGAUGGAAAACUCAGCUGCACUCGCGAGAGUGACCCUGUCCGUGAUGCAGAUGGCAAAUCAUACAACAACAAGUGUGCCAUGUGUAAAGAGAUAUUGCAAAGAGAAGCAGAGGGAAAAAACAAGCAAUCUGACUACAGAUCAAAUGGGACUGAUUCAGCAUCAGGAAAGGAUGUAUGCGAUGAGUUUAGAAGUCAAAUGAAGAAUGGAAAGCUUAUUUGUACCCGAGAAAGUGACCCUGUACGUGGUUCAGAUGGCAAGACACAUGGUAACAAAUGUGCUAUGUGUAAGGAAAAGCUGGAAAGGGAAGCAGCUGAAAAAAAAAAGGAAGAGGAGGAAUACUUGAGAAACAAAACCGGAAAGGACAAUGAAAAACAGGAUCAGUGUCAUGAAUUCCGGAACAUGGUGAGAGAUGGAAAGCUUAUUUGUACCAAAGAAAACAACCCUGUUCGAGGCCCAUAUGGCAAGAUGCAUGCCAACAAGUGUGCUAUGUGUCAGAGCAUCUUUGAGCGAGAAGCUAAAGAAAGAAAAAAGAAUGAAGAAGAAAGAUCAAGAGCCAAGCCCUCAAAUGAUGCAAAGGACCAGUGCAGAGAGGUUCAGAAUGAAGCGGAGGAUGGGAAGUUGAGAGAGUCUGGGCAUUCCUUGGCCUCCAUUGCCAGGAUAAGUGCAGAUGAGUGCAGUAACUUUCGGCAGCAUGUGAGGAAUGACAAGCUCAUGUGCACGAGAGAGAAUGACCCUGUUCUUGGUGCUGAUGGAAAGUUAUACAAAAACAAGUGCUACAUGUGCAGACGUAUCUUUGAAAAAGAAGCUUUGGAAAGGAUAAGACUUGAAGAAAAACCAUCCCAUUUUAGAUCUUCUGAAGAGGAAGACAGCUCAGAGUCUUCCAUUUCUUCUCUGAAUUCUGAGAUGUGCAAACAUUACCGAAUAUUACCCAGGAUGGGUUACCUUUGCCCAAAGAAUUUACAGCCUGUCUGUGGUGAUGAUGGCCAGACAUACAACAAUCCCUGCAUGCUCUGCCAUGAAAAUCUAAUACGCCAAACAAAUAUAUACAUACGCAGUAAAGGAAGGUGUGAGGAUAAUAGCAUCAAAGAAACAACACCUCUUGGCGUCAAAUGAUGCAAAAGUUGAUAAAAGCCAUGAGGGAAAAGUGUACCCCAAUUCUGAAUCACCUACCUUCACCAUCUGUAUAUACAAAGAAUUCUUCAGAGCUCAUCUUAUUUACUAUAGAAAGCAAUACAGAACUGUUGGGAGA